UUGUCCAUUUUGUUGCGUGUGCACCUCUUGCCAUAAAUUUGAGUCAGCACCAAUGACAGCUCUGCAGUCCUCCUAUGUGGUACUGAUCAGGUGGUUGCAGAGCUUCAGCUCACAGCAACACAAUGCAGCUGAGCAGGCAAGCACAGCCACAGUCAGAAUCGGUUCCGACUCUCCAGAACAAGACGACCUUUAAGCUUUAAGUUUCCCGGAGAAAAUGAGAUGCUGAUGUUGAAGACGACACUAUGGCUUUGAUGGGAUAUCAGAUAUUGAAAAUGUCUCCCUGCUUGUUCAUCCUUCUGUUUCUCACACCUGGUAUUUUAUGCAUUUGUCCUCUCCAAUGUAUAUGCACAGAGAGGCACAGGCAUGUGGACUGUUCAGGCAGAAACUUGACUACAUUACCAUCUGGACUGCAAGAGAAUAUCAUACAUUUAAAUCUGUCUUAUAACCACUUUACUGAUCUGCAUAACCAGUUAACCCAAUAUACCAAUCUGAGGACCCUGGACAUUUCAAACAACAGGCUUGAAAGCCUGCCUGCUCAGUUACCUCGGUCUCUCUGGAACAUGUCUGCUGCUAACAACAACAUUAAACUUCUUGACAAAUCUGAUACUGCUUAUCACUGGAACCUUAAAUAUCUGGAUGUUUCUAAGAAUAUGCUGGAAAAGGUUGUCCUCAUUAAAAAUACACUAAGAAGUCUCGAGGUUCUCAACCUCAGUAGUAACAAACUUUGGACAGUUCCAACCAACAUGCCCUCCAAACUACACAUCGUGGACCUGUCUAAUAAUUCCUUGACACAAAUCCUUCCAGGAACAUUAAUAAACCUGACAAAUCUCACACACCUUUACCUGCACAACAAUAAGUUCACAUUCAUCCCAGACCAAUCUUUUGACCAACUCUUUCAGUUGCAAGAGAUAACCCUUCACAAUAACAGGUGGUCAUGUGACCACAAACAAAAUAUUACUUACUUAUUGAAGUGGAUGAUGGAAACAAAAGCCCAUGUGAUAGGGACUCCCUGUUCUACCCAAAUAUCAUCUUUAAAGGAACAUAACAUAUAUCCUACACCUUCGGGAUUUACCUCAAGCUUAUUCACUGUAAGUGGGAUGCAAACAGUGGACACCAUUAACUCUCUGAGUAUGGUAACUCAACCCAAAGUAACCAAAAUACCCAGACAAUAUCGAACAAAGGAAACAACGUUUGGUGCCACUCUAAGCAAAGACACCACCUUUACUAGCAGCACUGAUAAGACUUUUGUGCCCUAUCCAGAAGAUACAUCCACAGAAACCAUCAAUUCACAUGAAGCAGCAGCUGCAACUCUAACUAUUCAUCUCCAAGAUGGAAUGGUUACAAACACAAGCCUCACUAGUUCAACAAAAUCAUCCCCAACUCCCAUGACCCUAAGUAUCACUAGUGGCAUGCCAAAUAAUUUCUCUGAAAUGCCUCAACAAAGCACAACCCUUAACUUACGGAGGGAAGAGACCACCACAAAUGUAAAGACUCGCUUACCUUCCGUGGCAAAUACUUGGAAAGUAAAUACUUCAUUUCUUUUAAUGUUAAAUGUUGUGGUCAUGCUGGCUGGCUGAGGGUCUGCAUCUUCUGAAACUAAUGAAAGCACUCCUCCUUGAUGUACAGUUGGGAAAAUAUGCCCUUAUCUAACCAGUGAUUCAAGCUAUAUUAAGUAUUCAAGAAAGUCAGUCUUACAUUUCUGACUGAUGUAAAUGAAGUUAACUUGUCUUAAAUAAAAGAAGUGCACAAUGUCUUGGUACUUGCUGCUAUUUUACUGUCUUAAUUAAGUAAAACUAAUGAGUUUCUUUUUUUAAUGAAAUGUUUUCUUUUUAAGGCUUCAAUUUAUUGCACAAAAUAUAAAGCAUCUAAACUUUAAUAUGUAUUUUAUGUAUGUUUACACUGUCAAACAUCUGGGAAAAAAAUAAAAGGUCUAUGCUCAUAA